AUGGAUUGGGAUUUUCUGCUGGAGCUCGCGCUUCUCAAAAAAGCGUACAUCGUCGAGUUGACGAACGCGCUGAAUCUCUACGACGCGUUCCGAAUCCAAUUGGCGUUCGACAUGAAAAGCCUCGCGCGUCGAAUGUCGCAAUUUCCGGCAGACUACGCGAAUUUGACGUCGUGCGAGACGGUCAAACGACACCUUCGCCAACGCUAUCAAUUGCCUAUCGAGUUCGACUUUGACUAUUUCCACAUCGCCCGCAGUAUGCUUCAGCGAUUUUUGCGCGUCGAGACGAAUCCCGACAAUCAUUGCGAGUUCCUCAAAGAGAUCGCCGCCAUCGACGUUGUCUAUCAAAUCGCCGCCUUCGACCAUUCCGACUAUCACAUCAAUCUGAUUCCUCCAUUCAAUUUUCAUAACAUCUUUUUCAAUCGCUAUCUCGACUUCUUCCUCUUCAACGGAACUUAA